UACUUCUGAAAACUGAACUCACAAAUUACGAAGAAUUAUGAUAUUUUAAACAAAUACACAUAUGCUUCCAUGACUGUAAUCGACAAGGCUUCAGAAAGCAAAACAGCGCUUACCGCUAACAGGGUACAAAACACAGUGUGAGGUGUGUUUACAAAAACAAUAUACAUACAUACAGACAAAGAGCACAACAACGUCCAACAGUUAUAAAGGAAUUUAUACGCCAAACAGUCAGCCGCCCAACCAUUGAUAGCGGCGCGCUUUGCCGCUAGUUUCACUUCUCGGCUUUCUCAUAUGGACAUUUGUUCGCUCCUUUUGUCACACGCUAUAAUACGAUUCCUUUUUCACAUUCGUUCAAUUUUCGUUAUUUAGGGUGGAAAAUGUGCCACUGACCGUACCACAACAAUUCCGAAUUGUCCCUGCAACUGACGAGUAAUCGCCCCAGCGCUCAUGUAAAGUGGCGAACAAAACGCUCGCAGUCGCAAAAGGUUAUUACACGGGCAGGAAGUGUGUGUGUGAGAAAAACAACCAAAAAUGUAAAUGAAAAGUGAAAAUGACAAAAUUAUGUGUGUGUGGAAAAUUUGUUAACAAAAAGCAAUUAUAAAUAAAUAAUAACUACGAAAUUGUUGCUAACGUGCGUUUUGAUGCUUAAUUCCUGAGCGCCUGCAAACAAUUUCACUUUCCUUCGCGUUUUUAGUUUUUUUCACACCGUUAAGCCUAUAUGUGUAGGUUAUAGAAUUAUGACAGUUCGAAAAUUUGCAUUAAACAAGUGUGGAGUGUUGGGUCAGCAAAAGAGAAACGUAGUAAUGGCGUGUUUACCACGGCUCACCAACAGCCAAUAGCUGGACGAUCGAAAAAUUAAUCAAAGACAUAAACGAGAUUUUGUAAAUAUUAACUGCGUGCUACGUUUGGGCGUACAGCAUCAUAUUUUUCUUCACUCAAACACGCGAGAAUACGCCCAGUUCAAACGAGCCGCUGUUGCGAGCGCUGCCUCCGCAGCAUCUCUUUAGUUGGCUGAAAGCAGGCCAAUUGGUUUGGCAAACAGCAAACGGCAAAGAAAACACACACAUUGCAGCAACAACAGCAAAAACAACAACGCACAGUGUUUUCCAGUGUGCGGAGAAAAUGCAUUCCGUGAACGUGUACGAAAGUGAGGAUGAGCGACGCCAUGGCCAUGAUGACACACGCGAGCUGCAGAACUUGGAUUGGCCCUUCUUGAUUAAGGGCAUUCUAGAGAGCCCAUCAUGCACAACAACAACACCGGACACUGUGGCCGCGCUGCUGUGGACAAUUACGGCGGUGUUUGGUAUUGUUUACGCGCUGCUCGGCUACCGCUGUCUGCGCGCGGUGGGUUUCUUAAGCGGUCUGAUGGUCGGUGCCAACGCCAUUUUCAUGUUACAGGACUUUCAUGUAACGCUGCUCGGCAAACCAACCGAUUCGGCACUAGCGAUCGUGGCGGGCUUGCUGGGUGCCGUGAUCGGUUCGACAUACCCGGUAGCAUCGAUACUGAUUAGCGCAUUCGCGGGCGCAUUGGUCGCUGGCGCAGCGAUGGCCGUGUGCGUGGCCACAAUGCCAGACAAUGACUUUGGCUAUCGCGAAAUUUAUGUGGCUAUCGCGGGUGGCGCCGUCAUUUGCUCGGUGCUGACGUUCUGCUGCGCCAAAUAUGUGACCAUACUGACUUCGAGCAUCGUUGGCAGCGCGAUGAUUAUUACCGCUAUCGAUUUUUUCAUGCACAACCUAGACACGAUAAAUUGGAUUUUAAAUAUGAAACCGAAUCCGCUACCACCGCCUUGUUACGGCGGCAUUUUGAUAUGCUCCUGGCCGGUGGCAAUCAUCAUCAGCAUAAUGGUGCAGUGUUUCAUCACGGCCUGGCGUGUGGAUCAUCGCAAACGCGUCUACCUGCGGCAUCACCACCAAAUGGCACGCUGCGGUGCCGGCGGCUUGCCGACGAAUCGCAUGAGCGGACGACCGCGCGAAACGCGCGAAGAAGCCAGUCAACGCAAAUACCGCUAUUUGUAUCAGGUGCGCACGGCGCGCGGCGACAUUAUUUCACAGAACUUUGUGUCAGCAUUGCAGAAGCGCAUACAACUGGGCGGCACGGAGACGCCCUCAGAGCGCUCGAUUAAGACGAGUUCGAACGAACGCAAUACAUUUCGCAGCGAUCGCACACACUUCACCACCAUACCCGAUUCCGAAAUGUGCGACAAAAUCGAAAUUGUGCGUGAUCUAGGAUAACAAACAAGCAACAGUUAUAUGUAAGCGGCGAAUGUGCGAGGGAAACGGAAACGUGUAAGAGACGCGUAGAGCUUGCUUGUGGUUAUCCUAAGAAUCGCGUAUGUGUGUGCGUGUGCGACGAUCGUUGUGCGUGUAUGUAUAACGGGAAAUUGUUAAAUUGCCAAUACAACAACUACAGCUAAGUGAUAAAAUGCAACGUUGCGUUUGAUGGGCGUGUAAAUAUAACUUGACAAAGCUUAAUUUAAUGAAGUGCUGGGAGUGAGGGAGGUAAGGAGACGAGUGCAUGCGUGGUAAUGCAUGAAAGUGAUAAGUAAGUCGAAAAUUUGUUGGUUUCGCGCGCUAAAUUAAAGAAUUUAAACAGGAAUGGGAGCGAAAAUGUCCACAGUCAGCAAAGUAAAAUUAAAAUACUGGCCUCUAGAACACUAAAUUUUGUAAAUUUAACGAGAAAAAGUUGUAUGCAUAGAAAACUUAGGAAACUAAAAGUCAUUUGGUUUUGUUUUUAAAGCAUUUUGAGUAUGAAAAUUCAGGUAAAAUACGAAAAUAACAAAAAUUUUACGUUAAAAUGUUCAACAUUAUUUUCAAGUACAAGCCAAUUUACGACACUAGCUGCUAAGUUCCUCUUUAGUAAGUACUGACAAAGAAAACGUUAUACUAUGUAUGUAUGUAUGCGCUUAGGAUAUGAUCUAAGAUUAAUUGUGUUACAGGGUUUAACAGGCUUUAACUUACAAAGUGCGUUCAUUUUUAACCGUUUUGUUGAACUUUCGUAAAGAAUUAGUUAAGGUAUUUCUAAGUUACAAAAAAAGUUUAUAAAAAAUUUAUAAAAAAUUACGUUUACAAUGAACUAAUUAGUUUCCAAAAAACUAAAACUAACUAGCUACUUGAUUUGUGUGUAUGUGUGGAAUAAUUAUGUAUCUUCAUGCGUCUAAUUUAUUUAAUUCUUAAGCCCAAAUUAAAAAUUAACUUAUAAUAAAUUAAAAUUAAUCAAUUUUAAAAAUUAAUAAAUUAAAGUUAAAAUU